AAGCAAUGCGAGUAGACAUCGAGUCCAAUCACAAGUGCAUAAGUAAAAGAUCAAUUACAAUUCGAUCGAUUGGCCAUGGAGUACGCUACUCGUGGAGAUCGCACGGCUAGCUGCCUGAGUUUCCUCUGCAAUAUCGUCGUUCUGCUGGGCCUCGCCGCCGCGGCGGCGAGCGGGCAGCUGACGGACGACUACUACGACUAUUGCUGCCCCCAGGUUUACCGCAUCGUCCGGUCCCGCGUGGCCGCCGCGAUGAAGGCCGAGAUGCGCAUGGGCGCCUCCCUGCUCAGGCUUCACUUCCACGACUGCUUCGUCAAUGGCUGUGACGCGUCCAUCCUCCUUGACGGCACAAACAGCGAGAAGUUCGCGGCGCCGAACAACAACUCGGUGAGAGGGUACGAAGUCAUCGAUGCGAUAAAGGCCGACCUCGAGAGCGCCUGCCCGGGAGUCGUCUCCUGCGCCGACAUAGUAGCCCUUGCAGCUAAAUACGGAGUACUACUUAGUGGAGGACCUGAUUAUGAUGUCCUCCUGGGAAGAAGAGAUGGUCUGGUGGCAAAUCAGACGGGGGCGAACAGUAACUUGCCUAGCCCUUUCGAUUCGAUCAGCGUUAUCACUGCGAGGUUCAAGGAUGUCGGUCUCAACGCAACCGAUGUUGUGGUCUUAUCAGGGGCGCACACGAUCGGGCGAUCUCGCUGCCUGCUGUUCAGCAACCGGCUGGCGAACUUCUCGGCGACCAACUCCGUCGACCCGACGCUGGACUCGUCGCUGGCGUCCAGCCUGCAGCAGGUGUGCCGCGGCGGCGCUGACCAGCUGGCGGCGCUGGACGUCAACUCCGCCGACGCGUUCGACAACCACUACUACCAGAACCUGCUGGCCAACAAGGGCCUCCUCGCCUCCGACCAGGGCCUCGUCUCCAGCUCCGGCGACCCCGCCGUCGCCGCCACCAAGGCGCUGGUGCAGGCCUACAGCGCCAACGGCCAGCGCUUCUCCUGCGACUUCGGCAACUCCAUGGUCAAGAUGGGCAACAUCAGCCCUCUCACCGGCUCUGCCGGCCAGAUUCGCAAGAACUGCAGGGCCGUCAACUGAUGAGCAAAAAGGCAAAGAUUUUUUGCAUCUGCCAUGACCCCAUCUUGGAUUUGCCAGAAGCUAUAUCGUCUUCUUGGACUCAAGUGUGAAUCUGUCGUUUUUAAUGUGUUGUGGAGCGCUACAUGUUUCGUUUUGUUCAAGCUAUCUAGGAUUCUCUCUCCAAUGCACGAGUAGAAUAAGCAAUUAGCAUGCAAAGUUGCUCGUCCUACACGAAUCUGCAGCUGCAUUUUCAGUGGGUGUAUCACCAAUUAUUAGAGCACAGACAAACGCGCUGUGUCUAUCAGAGUAAAAGAAAGAAUAUGCAACUGCCAUAUGGUUUUAUCAGUA